CAGCUCUUACCCAAUAUGUUCGUGUUGAUCAUCUACUAUGAAGUUUUGUUUCUUUUGCAUUGGUGGGUGCAAAUUCAAUUCACUUUUAUUUGUAUAGCGCUUUUAACAAUGGACAUUGUCCCAAAGCAGCUUUACAGAAAUGUAUAAAUUCAGUAAUUUUUUAAAAAUUCAAAUCCAUGAAUUUGUCCCUAAUGAGCAAACUAGAGGCGACUCUAGCAAGGGAAAAUCUACCUGAGACGAUAUGAGGAAGAAACCUUGAGAGGAAGCAGACUCAAAAGGGAACCCAUACUAAUCUGGAUGACAACGGAUAGUAUAAUUAUAAAAAAGUCCCUUCUGUAAAUAUGCUAAUAUUACAUGGUCAAAUAAUGCAGUUGUGUAACCAGGAAAAUUCAUUAAAGUUUAUACAUGAAGUCUGUUUUGUUGUACUUAUCCACUGUUCACUGAUUGAGAUGAGUGCAAAUCUGUUUGUGGUAAUUGCAGUGCUAAAGCUAUCAUAGCAAUUGUAGUCCUGGCCAUCAUAGCAUAACUCUUCAUAUGAGUUGAGGUCCAAAGCCAUCUUUAUGGUUUUAAGUGGUGACAUCCUCAGUAAUCUCAGUGAGCUUUAGGAUGCGCCAUGUGGGGCCAUCCUCAGCAGCAGCAUGUAACUUCCAAUUGAUGAGAACUCCAACCAGAAGUAGGGCAUCAAGAAGGAUCAGGCAGGUCAGGAUCACUGGCAUCUCAGAAUAAUCAUGUGUAGCUCGACAGAAAGUGAGUGGGAAUGAGAGAGAGAGAGAGAGAUAAUUAGGUAUGCUUAUUGUCCCGUAAUGUUUAAGGACAGUGUACUUUGCGUGAGUGCAUGCAGGACUCUGGCAAGACUAGCUAUGACAGCAUAACUAAAGGGAGAGCCAGAAGGGAACACAAACAUGAAAGUGCCCUGGGACAUUUGGCAGCCAGCCACUCCACCAUCAACAAACAUGGGUGAAUGUGUGUGUGACAGCAUCCAAACACCCAGUUCACCACAACACUAUAUCCCUGUGAACUGUCUAGAUCUGAUCUUUUAAAUAAAGAAAAACUAUUCGCAAAUAGCUUGACUAAACAAAUAUAUUUUCAGCCUGGACUUAAACACUCAGAGUCCCGAACACUAAUUGGAAUGCUGUUCCAUAAAGCUCUUCCCCCUACUGUAACCUUCGCUAUUUGAGGUACCGACAAAUAGCCUGCACCUUUUGAUCGAUGUAGGUGUGGCGGAUCGUUAAAAAGCAAAAGUUCACUCGGGUACUGUGGUGCGAGACCAUUCAGUGCUUUAUCGGUCAAUAGUAGUAUUUCAUAAUCAAUGUGAGAUUUCACGGGAGCCAGUGCAGUGUUGAUAAGAUCGGGGUGAUGGGGUCGUAUCUUCUGGUUCUAGUAAGGACUCUAGCAGCUGCAUUCUGGACUAACUGGAGUUUGUUUAUACUCCUACUGGAACAUCCAGACAGUAAGGCAUUACAGUAAUCUAGCCUAGUGGUGACAAAUGCGUGAACUAAUAUUUCUGCAUCAUGUAAUGACAUUAUAUUUCUAAUCUUAGCAAUAUUUCUGAGAUGAAAGAAGGCUAUCCUAGUAAUAUUAUCUACAUGAGCAUCAAAUGAAAGACUAGAGUCAAUAAUCACACCAAGGUCUUUGACUGCUACACAUGAUGAAACAGAAAGGCCAUCCAGAGUAACUAUGUAAUCAGAAAGCUUACUUCUAGCUGUCUCUGGUCCUAGUAGAAGUAUUUCUGUCUCGUCAGAAUUAAGUAAAAAGGAAGUUAAUAAGCAUCCUGUGUCUAAAUGAGAUGAAAGGCAAAUAAUUAAUUAGAAUAUUUACAUUGGGGUUACUCUUUCUAAAUUUACACUAUAUGGACAGAAGUAUGUGGGCACCUGACCAUUAUGCCCAUAUGUGCCCAUUCCAAAGCCAUGCAUCUUCAUGGACUUCCCAUUGUGCACAGGGACAUUGCCAUGAUGAAAUGGGUUUGGGCCCAUUAGUUCCAGUUAAAGGAAAUCGUAAUUGGUCUGUACAGGAUUUUUUUUCCUGAUUGUUGCAGCCAAAAAUGCUUGAUUUUGCUGCAGCUUUUUUUUUUAACGUAAUUGUUUUGCACUGUCUGUUUUGUCGGUAACUGAGACCUUUUAGCUGUACAGCACAUGUGAAUCAAAGAGGCAUCUUGGCCCAAAUCUGUGGAAAAUCUGAGGUAAUUUAAAAAAAUUGUAAGCUGUGAAUAUUGCGGAGUCUGCUUGAUUUUGUUACUUCCUACGAUCAUAAAAUUGCAAAAAAAUCCUGGAGGGGCUGAUUAAAGCUACAGCAUACAGAGACAUUCUUGACAAUUGUAUGCCUCCAACUUUUGAGGCAACAGUUCAUGGAAGGCCCUCAUAUGGGUGUGAUUUUAAAACACUGAUGCUUGCCUGUAAAGGCAAAAAAUGUACCAACACCCACUUAACUCAAAGCUCUUAUCACAGCCCCCACUGCACCUAGCUCCCUCCGAUCCUAUAGGGAGGAUGCAUCCAGACUCUUAUCUGUUCUGGCACCUAGGUGAUGGAAUGAACUUUCCCUAGAUGUCCAAACAGCUGAGUCACUGGCAGUCUUCAAAUGAUGUCUAAAGACCUACCUCUUCCUGAAGUACUAAAAUUAGCACUUUAUUUAAAAAAAAUGUUGUAUGUGUGUUUCUUACUAUAUUACGUCCUCAACAGAGUUUUUAGACUGAUGGUACUAUUAGACUUAAAAGCACGUCUGUAAGUCGCUCUGGAUAAGGCCGUCUGCCAGAUACUAUAAAUGAAAUGUCUACCAAAUAUGUGAAGUUUUAGCUUUUGUUCUUAAAACAAAUAUUUGAUUCCGUGUUCCCAGCUUAAUAAUAAUUCAUUAAACCUAGUUUUCAUACAUUUCCAAGAUAUAUGACUCCAGAUUGCUUAAUCAAUACUGCCUCAAGUAAAAUCAUGUAAAUCAAACACACUAGUGGCACUUUUUUCCCCAUGUUUUGAGCUCUAGAGAGUGAAUGAGAUUGCUUUUAUUUACUGCUCGUCCGAUCCUAGCUCGUUCUUGCUCCCUCUCCCCAUGAGCUUUGUUAAUGCCAUUGGUAAAUUGGAAACAAGGGGUGUGUACACUGUAUGGUGUGAGAUAUGUGUGUGUGUAUGUAUAUAUAAUAAUGUUAUAUAAAUAUGCUGCUUUUUCUGUCACAGAUGAGACAAAUUUGCUUGAGCUGUCCUCAUUUACCUGGUUGGGGUGCUAUCAUAUCACCUAUGUGUCGGAAUCUCUAAAUAUCAUGGCUCUCAGUCAAUAUUUAGAGAAGUCCACGCUCCAUUACUCACUGCAUGAUGCACAAAGCAGUAUGCCUAAGCAAUACUGGCAAGCAGUUAAGUACGGUACUAUGCCAUUUGCGACAUGGCCCAAGUAUUUGGAACUAUGAACAUAUGUUCACUAUCCAGUUUAUUAGGAACCCCUGCACAUUCAUGCGGUUAUCUAAUCACCCUAUUAUUAUGAUUUGUGCAAAAAAUCAUGCAGAUUCAGGUCAAACGCUUCAGUCACAUCAAGCAGGGUGAAGAGAAAGUCUGAUCUCUGUGACUUUGAUCAUGGGUAUUGGUAAGAAAUGGGCUGGUUUCAGCAGUUCAGAAUCUGCUGACCUCCUGGGAUUUUCACACACAGUGGUCUUUAGAGUUUACACAUAAUUGGGGGGGGGGGGACAACAUUGAGUGAGUGACAGUUCGGUGGGUGGAAAAGCCUUGCUGAUAGAGAUCAGAGCGAAAUGGCCAGAUUGGUUUGAGCUGCCAGGAAGGAUAUAGUAAUUCACAUAAGCACUCUUUACAAUCGUGGUGAGAUGAAAAGCAUCUCAGCUCGCACAAAACUUCAUAUCACGUGGUAUCGGAUAUUAGUAUAGGUUGGUAUUCUUUAUGAGCACAUUAUUGGACCGAUACCUGAUAUCUGUGUCAAUGUAGUCACCGUUAUUGAUUACCAAGUGAAAGAACAACACCUUUUGCUUUCUUGGAGGGAGUUUGAAAUACUGAAAAAUCCAGUGACGCGCACACACACAUGCCUCCAGUCAGUCUUGCCUAAUAUUUUAGUGCGGGGGGCUCCAGGAAUAGCCAGCCUGGUCAUAACCACCAAUAGACAUGUAACCUGAGGAGGUCUCUUAUGAAGCAAAAGCAACUAGUCAUAGUGAUAAUGGGUUAUAUACACACAUCACAUGAGGUUUUUUUUUUACGCUAAAGGUUUCAUAGACGAGUUUUAAUAAGGUGUCAAGCCACUUGAAGUGGUGUCCCUAAAUAAUGUUUCACAUCCACACACACAGGCUGCUUAUUGUCGAGCCCUGCUGCCUUUACUUCAUCAUAGACCUUCUCAGGUUACUUGCUGCUCAUUUGAGACUCAGCAAACCACCAAGUAGGUUAUUUCUGGAGCCCCUGUCACUAAAAUACAACCCCAAUUCCGAAAAAGUUGGGACAGUAUGGAAAAUGUUACUAAAAACGAAGAGGAGGGAUUUGUAAAUGUACUUGUAAUUAAACAACAAAAAAACCCUUAAAGACAAGGUAUUAGAUGUUUUACCUAAUCAGCUGCAUAGUUUAUUUAAAGAUUUGUUUAUUUUGAAGUUAAUGCAUGUAACCAUGUUCCAAAAAAGUUGGGACAGGGGCAAUUUAGGACUAAUAGUGAUGUGACGAGUUGAAGUAAGAAGGCAAUCGUCUACUCAUGGUAUAUAAGGAGCCUUCAGAAAAGGCCCAGUCUUUCAAGAGCAAGGAUGGGUCGAGGCUCGCCAAUCUGCCAACAGAUGCGGCAGCGAAUAACCCAACACUUUGAGAACAACAUUCCCCAAAGAUAAAUCAGUAGGAUUUGGGGCAGUCCACCUUCUACUCUGCACAAUAUAAUUGACCGAAUUCCUUGAAUCUUUAAGUCUCUGUGUGUAAAGGGCAAGGCUGAAAACUAAUGCUGGGUAUUUCAACCAAUUUGGCGAUUUGAUCCUUAUUUAUAUGGAUUCAAUUCGAUUUCUGUUCGAUUCAGUAUAGAUUAGUUAUCAAUAUUUCAUUUAAAAUGGUAGUUUUGCAGACAUGGAAUCCAUAUUUUAAUAUAAAUGCUUUUAACUGAAACCCUCCUACUUGGCUAUAUUACGGAAAUACACAUUUACAUUAACAAUCAGGACCACACAAUUACGUUUAAUUACUUUUUCCUUUUACUUUGAGUAACAAACAUUGUUAACUAGAAAUCAUAAAUACGUGCAUACAAUGCACACAAGGUAAGCACAAACUGCACAAUGCACAUUACUGUAAAAAAUUAAAUAAAAACAUUGUAAAUAUGCAACAGUGAAAUUCAUUAACAACUUUGUUGACCUCAUCUUAACGUCACUGCCUUUGAACAUGAAAUACUUCCACACAUCAGACUUUAAUUUCACCGGCGCUGGCUUCAAAUGCCUACCAUGACUUCCGCCAUGAUCCUCUGUUUUUUUUUGUUUUGUUUUGUUUUAAGUGGAGCAACUCGAAAGAUGGUGACAUCUUCAGGACGAGAGGCAAAGUACAGAGAACAUUCAUAUCCUCUCAAGUAAAUCACGCACAUUAAGAAUCGAUUUGGGGAUUUCCCAAAUCAUCGUUUUUUUAAAUUGAAGGUCAAUUAAAAUCAGAGAAUCGAUAUUUUUUACCCAGCCCUACUGAAAACCACUUCUGAAUGCACAUAAUCUCCAAUCCCUCAGACCUCACUGUCUUAAAAACCGUCAUGAGUCUGUAAUGGAUAUCCUGACAUGGGCUCGGGAAUACUUUGAUAAACCUUUUCAGUCAAUAUUAUUCGCCGCUGCAUCCACAGAUGCAAGUUACAGCUUUACUGUGCAAAGCAGAAGCCAUACGUCAACACUGUCCAGAAGUGCUGCCGACUUCUCUGGACUCGGUCUCAUCUGAGAUGAACAGUAGCACAGUGGAAUCGUGUUUUGUUGUCCGAGGAGUCAACAUUUCACGUAGUUUUUGGAUAAAACAGUCGUUGUGUUCUUCGGGCCAAAGAGGAAAAGGAUCAUCCAAGCUGUUAUCAGCGUCAGGUCCAAAAGCCAGCGUCUGUCAUGGUAUGGGGGUGUGUCAGUGCCCAUGGCAUGGAUAACUUGCACAUUUGUGAGGGCAUCAUUAAUGCAGAAAGAUAUGUACACAUUUUGGAGCAACAUAUGCUGCCAUCCAGAGUAGGACAACGCCAAACCACAUUCUGCCCGGAUUACAAGUGCAUGUUUGCAUGAGCAGUGAGUGCAGGUGCUAUCAUGGCCUGCCUGCAGUCCUGACCUGUCUCCAGUUGAGAAUAUGUGGUGCAUUAGAAGCAUAAAACGAAGGCAACGAAGGCCCCGUAAAUUUGUGCAGCUGAAGAAAUGCGUAAUGGGUGGGUGGAGGAAAAAUUCCACUUGCUAAACUUAACCAACCGGUGUCUUCCACACCCGAACGCUUAAUGAGUGUUAUUAAAAGAAAAGGUGAUGGUACACAGUGGUAAACAGUCGACUGUCCCAACUAUUUUUGGAGUAUGUUUCAGUCAUCAGAUUUUAAAUGAGUGUAUAUUUUAAAAGAAAAAAAAGUUCACAAAGUUAGAAAUCAAAUGUUAAUAUGUUGUCAAUAUAGUACAGGGUGAAUUGACUUUUCAAAUGCCUUUUUUUUUUUUGGUUGCAUUUUCCAUACUGUCCCAACUUUUUCGGAAUUGGGGUUGUACCAUGAUACCUGAGCACAGGAAGUGUUGGUGAUGGAGAAUAUUGGAGGCUGGCCAUUUCCUGUCCAUUACAGUAGGGAUAGAAUUUGAGGAUUUUUGGUAGUAAUCUGAAUCGGAAAUGCUUCUCUUGUAUAUUUUGUUCAUCCCAAAGUGUCGGCCUGGAUGUCUUAAGGCAGUGAAUUGAGAUCCUAAUUUGACGCCACAAAAAUUUCUGCCAUGUUUUAAGCUGUUUAACAAAUCUAAAUGUAAAUAUCAGGGUAUGAAAGCUGAAAUUCUGAUCCAUCUCAUUCAUUUUUUGAUUUCAAAGUUUGGGCUCAAUGAAUAACAAAAAAACAAACAAAAGAAAUGGCCUUGCCUUUCCAAUAUGUUUUGAGGAGACUAUAUAUACUGGCAUGGGAACAUCCCUCUUAGGCAGACCCUCAUCUCUCCAACUCUGUUUUGGUUAGGGUUCAAGAUUAAGAUAACUUUCACACACAAGUGAAUUCUGGAGAUAUGCCAGCACAGAUUUUUCCCCAAACAACUGUUCCAACCUGCCAUCUCCCAGGAGAGAUUAUAUGUUGCUUAAGGUGUGAUAUUAUCAUUUAUCUGACAGUUGCUCCUAAAAAAUGUCUUAAUUUGAGUCAUAUGUGGGUUUUAAACAAAUGAUAAUCAUGCAAUACAUGGAAUUCGGAGAACCUCUGUACACGGCUUUUCUCUUCAACACUCCUUUACCAAGCCUUUAAAAAGCAAUGGUCUUUUUCUUAAUGCAGCAUGUCUUUAGCUGGGUUUGAUGUCCCCAGUCCUAAAAAAUCAGUGUGUAAUAUGAACAUGCACAUUGCUUUAGGUAUAACCUUUUUGAGUGGGAAAUAGUAAAAUACUAACCAAAGCAGAUUGAUUAAGACCUUGAUGACUCCAAUCAAACACUCCUAACAUGUGAUGGCUGACCCAAAGUAAUUCUAUUGGUCAUAACAGAAUUAGGCUGUAUAGAGCUUCAGGAAGAAAAUAGGCUACGGUCAUUGGACAUGUGGAUUUUUGUAUCUAUUUUCUGAGAAAGAAAACUAUUUCACGAUUUUUAUUUUAUAUAAACAAAAGAGGGAUUCCAUGCAAAAUUCAGGAGAAAUAAGUGUCAACAAAGGGAACAUUACAUUUUAAAUUGCCAGUUAAAUCUGAAUUUUAACUUUCCACACUUAGUUAAUUCUUUGUCCCUGUUUCAUUACUUUCAUACAGAAGUUAUCUAUGCAGCCAUGAAGGACAGAUUUCUCACCCAAAAUGCAAGAUUUUCUCAUUAGUGCUUCCUAAUUAUGGCAAAAGUGUUAAAAAAUAAAAUAAAUAAUUAAUUAAUUCAGCAGCAUUGGUGUAAAAAAAAAAAAAUUAAAAUAAAUAAAUUCUGCAGCAUAUAAUGUCAUAGAUAUUUGAAACAUAAAUCAUUUUUAAAUGGCACACAUCUGACGGUAUAUAUGCUUUGAAAUGCUACACUAUAUGGCUACAAAUAUGUGGACAUCCUUCUUAAUUCAGGUGUUUCAGCAACACCCACUGCUAACAGAGGCAUAAAAUCAACUGCAUAGCCAGGCAGUCUCCAUUAAUAAACAUGGUAGAAUGGGUUGUACUGAAGCUCAAUGACUUUAAACAUGUUACUGUCAUAGGAUGCUGCCUUUGCCCCAAGCCCAUUCCUGAAAUUGUUGCCCUGCUAGAUCUGCCCCUGUCAAAUGCAAAAGCUAUUAUUAUGAAAUGGGAGUGUCUAGGAACAACAUCAGCUCAGCCACAAAGUUAUUAAACCACAUAAACUCACAGAGCAGGCCCACAGAGUGCUGAAGCAUGUAGCACAUAAUCGCCUAUCCUCUUUUGCAUCACUCUCUACAGAGUUUUGAACUGCCUCUGGAAGCAGCAUCAGCACUAGAAAUGUGUGUUUAGAACUUCAUGAAAUGGUUCUCCAUGGCUGAGAAGCUAUACACAAGCUGUACCUAAGAUCAUGAUGCACUGCCAAGCAUUGGCUGGAGUGGAGUAAAGCAUGUCGUCUCUGCACUCUGGAGCAGUGGAAACAUGUUCUGUCUCACACGUCACUGUCUGGCAGUCUGAUGAAUGAAUCUGGGUUUGGCAGAUGCCAGGAGAACGUAAAGUGUAAUGCUAAUGUUACAGCAUACAAAGACAUUUUAGUCAACUGUAGGCUUCCAUUUGUGUGGUAACAGUUUGAGGAAGCCCCUUUCCCGUUUCAGCAUGACUGUGCCAAUCUGCAUGAAGUUCAUAAAGUUAUAAACAAAAUCCAUGAAAACAUGGUUUGAUGAGUUUCUUCAUUGAUCACCAUUUCUUCAUAUAUUUUGUCAUGAAUGUUAUUCCAGGUCUGCGAAUCAUUUUGGUCCUCAGUAAAAUUGGCUGCAAGUUGGAGAACUGAAGGCACUUUAAAUGAAAUGUACAUACACCUGAGUAAACAUAUUUGAUAGACAUGCAGGAAAAACACAAACCAUCUGUAAAGUUGCAAAUGCAAAUUAAAGUAGUGGUAUAUUUCAAGUGACAAAAGAGCCAAAUGGAAUCAGAAAGGAGGAUACUUUGCACGUACUCUGAAAAUGCAGUGCUGUGAAAAAGUAUUUGCCUGAUUUCUUGUGUUUUCUUUUAUGUAUAUCUCGUACUAAAUAGUUUUAGAUCUACACGUGAAGCACAACAUAAACAAAUGCAACCUGAGAAAACACACAAUACAGUUUUUAUUUAUUUUUUAUAUUGAAGCAAAAAAAGUUGUCCAAGACCUAUCACCAAUUGCCCCUUCACUGAAACCAAACGUUUCUGAUAACUGGAGAUCAGUCUUUCACUUGCUUCAAGUACUAGGACUUACUCCUAGGCUUUGGAUCAUUGUCUUGCUGCAUAAUCCAGUUGCACUUGAGUUUCAACUUACGGACAACCGAUUUCCAAACAAAUCCUUCCAUCCUGGCCUAAGACCAAGAUGGUACUUUCCUUUGCACGUUUUAAAAAAAUUUUUUUUAAAGGCUCCCAAAGUAUGAAUUUAGUCAUGAUUGUGCAGAUCAUUUGAAUGCGUAAAGGUUAGGUUAAAUGCAAGUGUAAUAGAGUGCUAAUGGAUCAUAUUGAGAUUGAGAGUAGAGCUUCACACACGUCUGCUAAUGAGCUAAUCGCUGCAAGUUUUGUUCAUGUAUUGUGGCUACAUCUAACUUCAACAAGUUUGAUAUGGACAGAGCUAGCUCAGCAGUUAGGAUUGUGCUGCAGAUUAGACGUUUGAGCGUUCAUAUUCCAGCACUAUACCUAUAGACUGCAACUGUUGAUGAUGCAGAUGAAAAAGACCCUUAGCCCUGAACUAUUAUCUUAAUACUUCUCUGUAAAAUAGAUUCAAAGGUCAUUUAGUAAUUUUCCCGUUGCUGAGUGAACCUUGCUCCAUGGAGAACUCUGCCUGUUUAGACCACGAUUCCUCUUCCCAGUGUUGGCAUGUGAAUUCAGUUAGAGCUCAUUUACUCUCAGAUCAUAUUAAAUGUGCAGAUGGUUUCCAAAGGGAGCCAGUGUUCAGUUUUGCCUGUACUAAUGCGGAGAGUGCUGACAUUCAGUAGUCUACCUUAGAGAUUCUUCCAUGACUUUAAAAAAAAAAUAAAUAAAAAAAUAAAAAUUCCAGACUAAGUACGAGUACAUGGUUUUUUUGGUACCGGUCAAUACUGUGAAUAACCUACUUAAUUUUACUCAAACAAUUGCGUUAUGGAACAUUUCCGAUUUAGGUCUGUUCAUGUAGGUUGCUGAACUGUAUGGAUUGCCAUCAUUAAUGGUAAAAUCACUGUCAUUUUUUGUCCUCUGUUCAUUAGUGUGACUGCGUACACUAGACACUUGUCAUAUAGGGUGUGUCUCAGCCAGCUCCCUUGUUCAGUAGGUAGUGAAUCGGUAGUUCAGUAGGUAGUGAAUACGAGUUUGGGUAUUGAUAAGGACCCUGGAUCACUAUACAUUGGGACACACUGAUAACUCAAUUUCCGACGACAUGGCUACGUACUCGUGUUGUAAAACUUCACUGAAAAUUUUUGAAAUAUUUAAAUUUUAAAUGUCAUAAAAAUUUGUUAGCUUAAUCACACACAUUUCUGCCGUAAUAUGUCAAGCAGGAUAAUGGGAAAGCUAGUGGAUUAAAAAGAAAAAAAAAAAAUUAAUAAACACUCAAAAGUCAUUAGACUCAGACAAACCGUAUAUAGAACGUUAAAUAAAUUUUAAAAUUGCUAACAUAAGUAAUCAUUUGAGAGUUACAACAGCACUAACAAGCUACUUACACUUGUAGACAAAGUUGGCUAAGAGUUCGUCCACGUUAUUUGUUCGUUAUUUAUUUUUUUUUUUUGAGCUGAGAGGCUUCAGAAAACAUGUCAUCAUUUCCAGGAAGGGAACAUAGUGAGCAUCGAUGCUCCCUGGUUUUUGAGGCGCAUUGUGGGAUGUUUUUAGGGAGCGAACGUUCCAGUGCACUGGAAGGAUUUUGCGAUUGAGACAGUCCUUAAAAUUGCUGACUACUGAACUAGGGAACCGGUUGAGACGCCCCCAUCAUAUCACAUCGUAUUGGAUGUUGAUAUCGGAACAUAUUUACGUAAAUGAGCUUUAUAUCGGAUAUCGACAUUUGUAUUAUUGCAUUGUAGCAGUCCAUGUUGACAAGUCUGAUUUGAGUCACAAGCACCUGAUUCUGCUCAUGCAUUGGUAGUCAUUCAGUUACCUGCCCCUAGGAGAAGGAACUAGAGAACUAUGCUUCCUUCAUUAUUCUUUCUCAAACAGUUGAAUUAUUGAGUGCCACGAGUAAAUCUCUUUAAUGGAGGAGUUGCUUAGAUUUCUGACAGCUGUUUGGACCUCUGUAGCUUGUGUUUGUGUUCUGUGUAUAUGCAUCGAAUGUGUUUUGCUUGUUUUAUUGAGCCUGGGAAUGUCCCACUUUGUUUGGAUGAUAUUGGAGUGCCUUAUCUGUUCGUUUGUUGUCUUUGUGGGGCCACUUUGGGUUCUCACGAAAACUCGGUCUCCUCAUUGGUGUCUAUCUAUCUAUCUAUCUAGUAUUACUUGAGAGAGAUUGACAAAUGGACGGAUAGAUAGCCAUUAUAUUAAAUAUAGAGUUAUAUUAAAUAUAGAGUAAUGUAUAGGCCUAAUGCAUAUAGUCAUGCUUUCUAAACUAUGUAAUGAAUUCCAGAGUUCUAGUGUUUGGGAGGAGUGAAUUUGUGAGGCGUCAGAGAACUGCUUUCCGAGAACUCCACUGUGUUGUUGCGUUCAACGUAUUAGAUGAGCUCUGUUCGGCAGCUGACGCUGUAGUUCGCACUGUUGGUGGAGCGCAGAAGGAGACUCAUUUCUUCCGGCUUUUACACCUGAGUUGUAAACUUUCCACCAGUAAGAAAUAAUGACUGCCAUUAAUUCACCACCGGACAAGUAUAAUGCUGUGUGGAUUAUCUUUUUCAUCCUGGGGCUGGGAACGCUUCUGCCAUGGAACUUCUUCAUGACUGCCACCAUGUACUUCACCAGCCGUCUCAGAGAUCCUGCUCCAGAUGCAGAUGCCCUGAACAAUACCCACAAUGGCACAUUGAUAGAAGUUGACACACGUAGCGUCCUGGAAUCGAAGUUCAACAACAUGAUGACCCUGUGUGCCAUGGUGCCGCUGCUCCUCUUCACCUGCCUUAAUUCCUUCAUCCAUCAGAGGAUUCCUCAGAAAUGGAGGAUCUCCGGCAGCCUCUCUGUGAUCCUGGUGGUGUUUCUGAUCACUGCAGCGUUGGUCAAGGUGGACAUGGCACCUGUGCCCUUUUUCACCGUCACCAUGAUCAAAAUCUGCUGCAUCAACUCUUUUGGUGCCAUUUUGCAGGGGAGUCUCUUUGGGCUGGCAGGACUGCUCCCAGCUUCCUAUACCACUCCUAUCAUGAGUGGCCAGGGGUUCGCUGGAUCAUUUGCAGCCACUUCCAUGAUCUGUGCAAUCGCCAGUGGCUCAUCACUGAAGGACAGUGCUUUUGGCUACUUCAUCACUGCCUGUGUUGUAAUUCUUCUGGCCAUCGCUUCUUACAUUGCCCUGCCCAAAAUGGAAUUCUUCAAGUAUUAUGCAGACACCAGUAGCCCCAAGCCUUCCAGUGAUGAGGAAAACAAGAUGGACCUGUUGAACAAAGAUGCUGCUGUUACAGAAAUCCCUGGGGAGAAGACAGUUGGGAGUCUGACUGAAGAGGAGACCACACAUACCGUGUCUGUGUUUGCCAUCUUUAAAAAGAUUUGGGUGAUGGCCCUUUCAGUGUGUUUUGUUUUUACCAUCACUAUUGGAAUAUUCCCUGCUGUGACUGUGGAGGUCAGGUCCUCUGCGGCUAAAGGAGGUGCUUGGGAGAAAUACUUCAUUCCCGUGUUCUGCUUCUUGCUUUUUAACUUAAUGGACUGGGCUGGACGAAGCUUAACUGCAAAGUGCACAUGGCCUGGUAAAGACAGCAAAUUGCUGCCUGUGCUGGUGAUCCUCCGUGUCGUAUUCGUCCCCUUCUUCGUUCUGUGUAACGUGCAACCCAGGAACAACCUGCCCGUUGUGUUCGCCCAUGACGCGUGGUACAUCGUUUUCAUGAUCCUCUUCUCGUUCAGCAACGGCUAUCUGGCCAGCCUGUGCAUGUGCUUCGGACCUAAGAAAGUGGCCCAGCAUGAAGCAGAGACAGCCGGAGCCAUCAUGGCCUUCUUCCUGUCUUUGGGUCUGGCGCUGGGAGCUGCGCUGUCCUUUGGCUUCAGGGCAAUGAUCUAGAACCUUUUACUCGGUAUAGCACUUUCUGUGGGGAAGGACAGAAACAUUACCAGACUGCUGAACUGCCAUUUGGAAACGCGCAGAUUUCGAUUUUAACCAAGCUUCGGAGUUCAACAGAACUACCGCUCUGCCUAUGCAGAAAAAUAUCACUUAUUCAGAAGAAGAUGUUCUUGGCGUCCAUGUGUUCAUGGAAACCUGGGACAGACAUGGUGAUGGAAAGAGAACUAUUCACCACAGAGUGUUCAAUCAAAAAGCCAUCGUGUAAGCCAAAAAAGCAAUUUAUUAGCUUGUAUUUUUCCACUCGUUCUUCCUGGGGUUGGUUAUUGAUUUUGGUUUUAGUACUUUUCUUCAGUUUGAAAUAGUAAUAGAAGGAUCACGGAAUCAUUUGUUUAUAGAAUGUGUUCCGUUGUAUUUUAGUCUUUUAUAUUUAACAUUGUUAUUUUUAAGAAGUGAUGGUAUUAAUAUAGAACCUCGCUUAAAAAAAAAAAAAAAACAACAACAAGGGCAGUACAUUUAUAUUUAUUCAUUUAGCGGACGCUUUUAUCCAAAGCGACUUACAAAUGAGGAAAUACAAGCAAAGCAGUAGUUUCUUACACUACUUUAACAGGAGUCGUGCUUGUGCUGAUGAAGAAACAGGCACCAUGUAUAUUUGUCCUGUAACUACAUGUGGUCAGUUGAAACCACAGAUUUAUUUUUAAUGGAUUUAAAAUUGUAUUUUUUAAAAUUUUUUUUUUUUUAUGUGUAUAACAUAUUGGUUUAGUAUAGGUGUUUUUGUUUGGUUUAGUAAUGAAGAGCAUAAAGCUUUAAUGGAGUACUGGAACUUUUUUCUUUUUUCCCCCCAAUUACAUCAUAAUGUUUGGGGUAAAUACAUUUAUGUAAUUAGUAAAUAAAAUUUUAAGAGCUGGGA